AUGGAAGUUGAAUGGUUAAAGUCUACAGCAGAAGAUCAAAUGGAAAUGGUGAUGACGAUGAUGCAGCAGAUGGAAAAGCUCCCUGAAUUCUGCGGGGCUUACAACGACGUCGUUGUAUUACCUCAAGCUGAGCUUGCUGAUCAUGCCAGGCCCAGCAGUAGUCCUUCCAGUAAUAGCAUCAAUGGCAUGACACAUUUUGUUGAAAACCCAACCGUUGGUUCACCUGGCCCAUUCAUAAACAUGCCAACCACACCCACUAUUCCAUUCAAUGGUUCAACCACGGUUCAAGAACCUGGAGGUCCGAGUUUCUCCUUUACCCGAGCAGGUGCAAAUGCUUAUUCCACAUCUUCCCGGAAGAAGAAUUCAGUGGCUGCAAUGAGGGAGAUGUUAUUCCGAAUAGCAGCAAUGCAGCCUAUUCAUAUAGACCCUGAAUCGGUGAAGCCACCUAAGAGGAGGAACGUGAAGAUAUCGAAGGACCCCCAAAGUGUGGCGGCGAGGCACCGGAGGGAGAGGAUAAGCGAGAGGAUAAGGAUACUUCAAAGACUUGUCCCCGGAGGAACCAAAAUGAACACUGCUUCUAUGUUAGACGAGGCAAUUCACUAUGUCAAGUUUUUGAAGACUCAGGUGCAAUCACUGGAGAGGGCAGCAAUUAACAGGCCAACCGGGAUAGGGUUCCCUGUACCAAUGUCAAAUGGGAUUUUUCUUCCAAUGAGAAAACCAUAUCACCCUACUCAAAACCUUCAGGGGCUUGGAGAUGCUUGGUUAUGCUAGCUUAA